UAUUCUUUACUUUUACAUAGGAUAUCUCUAACGUCCCAAAAUGCUGAUAUUUUGAUUUCCAACCGACGUCCACUACCCCUUUUUUUAUCUUGUGGGAAAAUGGCUGCCAAAAAUGGUUAAUAUAUGUGACUAACUCGUAUGAUUCAAAAUGAGACUGUUUAAAAUGGAUGCUCUAUUAAUGUAUCACAUUACCUCAUGAUACUAUGGGAUCUUGUGUAUGUAAAGAUAAGAUAGAAGACAGACAUGGGAGUGCAAAUAGGGUACCAUAUAAUCGUGGACAACCUUUACAUCAGCGUCAUUCUGCCAGUUCAACUUCUCCUGUAAAUGAAGCAGCCAAUAGUAGAGUGCGGCAUGCAGUCCUAGAAACUUUACAUUUGAUCAGGACAUUAGUUGAUCCGGAAGGAGAACCUAUUCAGGCCAUGCUGAUCCUACAACAGAUUGGUGAAACAGAAUCUGGCUGGCUAGAUGUUGUUAUAGGACUAAUUGUUCACAUACCAAUGGAUGAACCACUUGGUCCUGCUGUUAUAGAUCUGCUAUUAGAUGAAUGCCCCUUACCCACAAAGGAUGGUAUAAUGAAGUUAUACACUAGAUUAAAACAUGACCCAAGUGGUGGAGAAUUCAUGAGAUUUCACAGUGAAUGUCAGCAGAGAAAUACUUGUAUAGUACUGGGAUGUCUUGCUGCAAAGUUGGCAGGGCCUACCAGCGUAGCAAUUUUAACUACAGAAGUUCUUAACUAUUUGAUAUCUAGACUGGCAUUAUCCUUUCAUCCUGUGAUAAAUCUUCAUGCCUUGAUAGCAUUGGAAAAGUUUGCACAAACAAGUGAAAACAAAAGAACUAUAGAAAAUAUAAUAAAAAGUUUACCUAGAAAUCCAUUUGAGGUGCUGGAACAGGAUACCAAACCAGUAACAUACCCAAAAAUAGAAGUUAGAUUCUGUUCAUCAUGGUGUCAAGACAAUCUAUUUAUUCCUGAGGUUUUUUAUUUUUUAUUUUAUUUUAAGGGUAGAAAAUUUGCAUAUGAGAAAGUGAAUCUGAAAAAUAUUAAUGCAAUGCUUAAUAUUAAUGAUGUGAGUGAAUACCUGAAAAUAUCUGCUGAUGGUUUGAAGUCCAGAAGUGAUGCUUCAUCAUUUGAGAGUGUCCGAUGUACAUUCCAAGUUGACUCUGGUGUGUGGUAUUAUGAGGUCUAUAUAACUACUGCUGGUGUGAUGCAGAUAGGAUGGGCAACAAAAGACAGUAGUUUUCUUAAUCAUGAAGGACAAGGUAUUGGAGAUGACGAGUAUUCAAUGGCAUAUGAUGGAUGUAGACAGUUGAUUUGGUUUAAAGCUGAGAGUCGACCAAUUCAUCAGAAGUGUUGGAGUCCAGGAGACACGUUAGGACUUUUAUUAAAUAUUGAUGAGAAAUACCUGACAUUUUCCUUAAAUGGUGAAUGUUUACCGAGUUAUGAUGACCUUUUCCAGUAUUCAAGUGGUGGAUAUUUUGCUGCUGCCAGUUUUAUGUCUUACCAACAGUGUGAAUUUAACUUUGGUGCCAAGCCAUUUAAGUAUCCUCCUAAAGGAACAUUAUUCAAAACAUUUAAUGAUUAUGGAACCAUGACAGAUGAAGAAAAGAAAAUUUUACCAAGACACAUGCGAUUGAACUUGAUAAAAAACUUUCAAGUUAAUGAAGAUUCUUGUACAAUCUGCUUUGCCGAAAAAGCUUCACACAAGUUGGUUCCCUGUGAACAUGGAGGAUUUUGCUUCAAAUGUUCAUUACAAUUGGAAACCUGCCCAAUGUGUAGAACACAGAUACAUGAAAGAGUGCUUUCAGAAAGCAGCAGAUCAAGGACAGUAUCAGAUAGUGCCGAAGACCCAUCAACAGUCAAGGACACAUAACUGUUAUUAUGUACAGUGCAGCUAUAGCUUUAAAUAUUUGUUGAGUUAGCCUUGAGCACAUGGUUUUAAAACUAUACACUAUAGAAUUGUAAUGGCCAUAAACAUUGUAUGUUACCUUUGAAUGAUUUAACGUCACUUUCCUAUCAAUCAUAAGUCAUUAAACUUGCAUGCCUGCCAACUCUUUAAAAUCUCCAAAUGCAUCUCUUAUUCAUGUCAUAAGUUUUUUAAUCUAAUAUUCUAUGGUAAUGAAUGAGUAUAUAUAUGCUUAAAUGUAUUCAUGUCAUAAUUGUUUUUAAUCUAAUAUUCUAUGGUAACGAAUGAGUAUAUAUGUGCUUAAAUGUAUUUUUAAGUACUUUCAAUGUUGUUUUUUUUAGUUUAUAUACUUCAAGUGUGAAGUGUAUGAUCAACACCUCUUUUAGAGGAAAUUCCACACGAAUGGGGAAAGAUGAUAGGUCUGUUGAAGAAAUAAACACUUGCCCUUUGGUUAGUGAAGAUGGCUAGAGCAAAUGUUGUAAAGGAUUAAAAAUAGAUGUUAUUUAUUUUUCCUUAACAUUUGCUAUCCCUAAAAUUUGAACAAGAAUAUUUAUGGAUUUGCAAAAAAUGGCUUUUGGAUUUUGUGGAAACAUUGAGAAUAACAUCAGUUAAUCAGUAGUGUGCUUUUACCUACUCUAGUCCUCCACUGUUAUAAAUGAUUAAACUAAUGUAAUUAAAUUACAAAUCAGCUGCAUAGGAGAAAUUUUGAUUAUAAAAUCUCAAUUCUAUAGAAAGUAUUGAUGAAAACCAUGUAAGGGGAGAUAAGUCUGUAAUUCACUGUUUCAAAUCUGGGUAAUACUUUAAAAAGCAUACACCAAAGCAUUGUCAAUGGUUAACAAUGUUUGAAACGUUGGUUAUUCAACAAAAAAGUGUAACCUCAAUGACUAUUUUUACCUUGGUGUACAAAAAAUGAAAUUACCCACAAUCCCAAGUGGUAAUGAAUUAAAUCAUGGAUUUAUUAUACCGUGUUUGAAUAUGAAAAUUUGAAUACAUUUAUAAGUAAUUGAUUGAAAGUUAUGAAUGUUAACAUCGUGUGCUUAUCUUAUUUUCUAUAUUAGAAUUUCAUUUUUGUAUAGUGUUUGUCUUAAAUCAAGUUUUCAAUUUUUGGUUGUUGGGAAGAUAUUUAAAAUCAUUUAUUAUAUUUUGAAAAAUAUCAACAAUAAAAUGUACUGGUCAAACUAUAGUGUAUAGUUUUAAAGUCUUGCAUUGAAGCAAAAGACUGUGAUUUUUUUUUAUCUUGAUAUUGUAAUGCAUAUUUGAAUUUACUUUUUUUCAUAAAUUAAUGUCUUUAUGGUUAUUAAAACAAAUUAUAAUUUCCAAAAUAAAUUUUUAACAGGUGCUUUUUUUUUUGCCUGACUAAUUUACAGUAUUGACAACAAAUUAUACAAUCAGUAAAAUAAAUAAAUAUUUAGAUCUUGUGUCUAGUGUAGCAUUUAAAUCAGUUGAAAGAAAUUUGUAAUAUUAGAAUGCUGUGGAUUCAUUUAUUUUUUCAUGGGUACAAAUUAUCAUGGAUUCAAGAAAAAUUGUUUUUUUGUGGAUAUUUGAUUUUUUGGUUUUACAAAAGUCUGCAAACAAGCCUAUAGAAAUUUUUUAUCCUUGACCAUUCAAAUUCCUGGUUGACCUGUACCCGCGAAAUCCACGAUAAUUGGUAUCCCACGAAUAAUAAUAAACAGUAAUAAUUUUUUUAGAAGUUUUGUAAAGAGAAUAAAUGAAGUUUGAAUUCAAAAUUUUCUAUCAAAAUGUUGACUGAAUGAUGAUUUCUACUUCUUUCCCAUUUUAUGUGCUCCCUUUAUGAACAGGGUUUUUAAUCUUCUGUUCUUCAAAAGACGGAGGAAUUCAAACAUAGUGUCUAAUUUCCUACAACAUUUAUAUUAUUGACACCUAAUAUUAAGUUAUCUGGGGUAAUCUGCAUAAGAUAGACAGAACAUUGUUAUUUUUUGUAUAUAUUUCUUGCUUGAGCAUUUGUGCAUACCAGUUUCAUGUAGUAGGAUAAAGCCUGAAUCCUUCAUUUAUGCUUCACUGAAUUUGGAAUUGUUACCAAGUACAUUGUUUAAAAAUUUUGACCUUUCUGAUGAAGUACUAAUAGUAACCUAAGUGCUGUUGUUAACUGUUCUAUAAAUAGGCAUGAAAAACUUACAUACACGUUCAAGUGCUAACACAUGAAUUUUUUUUAAUUUCUGGAUAAAUAGUAAUCUUUUUUAAGGUUGAAAUGUUAUUACAAUAAAGUAGCUGUGAUAAAGAUAUUGAAUACGACCAUGAAUCUUGUAUAGAUGUAACUAUAAUUCCAGUUUUAUCACAAUCAUGUUUAAAUUAUAUACAUAUUAUUGAGUGUUUUGUACAAAAUUUCAUUAAUAUUUAUAUCUCUGUAAAUUGUAUAUCUGAAUCAAAUGUAUUUCUUGUGGCAAAAGGUCACUUCAAUUCUAUAAACAAUCAUGAGGUUUUAAAGCAUUGCUAUUUGUUUUAAAGUGGUUGUUUUCUUAAUGAGUAAUGAUUAUAAGUAUUUGUAUGUUACUAGGAACUUAAAGCUGUCUUUAAUUUUUGGGAUAUUUUUUUCGUACUUGAAAUAGAAAGGAAACAACAAGUUUUAACUAAUUUUCUUGCAACAAGUCAGAUAAUUUAUUUAACUUAUGGCUAUUAGAAAAUGGCUGAAAUAUUGCUCAGAUGAAAGAGCUUGCUUCAGUUGACUUAGCCUCCUAUACUUUACCUACACAUCAGCAAUUUUGAUUUUAGCAUCAUCAGAUAUUUUUUUUAAACAGCUCCUCAUGAAAUUUAGAUAAAAUUGAUCAAUUGCAACAUUAAGGUAAUUUUCAAAGUGCGUAUAGAAAUUUGUCUUAAUCUUUAAAGCAUUGGCACUUUAGUACUUUUAAUUCAAAAAAUUAAUGAAUGCAUUUAUUAUACCUGACGCAUGGAAGUUGUGUAGGGUAUAAUGUUUUUGACCCGUCCGUCUGUCUGUCAGUCCUGUUCUUGUCAUUGCAACUCCUCUAUAACCACACAACAGAAUUUCAUGAAACUUUGUAAAUAACAAGGACAUACUAUGCAAAUUUGCGUAGAUAAUAAGGACUUGCUAUGUAGAUGUGCUAAUCGACAGGAAAUUAUGAUUCAAUUUUUUUUCUAGGAAAUAUUCCCCUUUGAACUUAGAAUUUUUGCCUCAAUAUACUACCACAACAGUUUGUCAUCGCAACUCCUCUGAAACAACAUAACAGAGUUUCAUGAAA